AUGGAUGCUCUCAGCGCGCCAUUCAUGCCGCUCGAAGCUGCGCCGGACGGGCGCAAAGGGAAGGGCAAGAAGCGCCGGGAAGCGGCGGAAGCUCCUAAUGGCGCAAGUGACGCCGAUGCAAAGCGCGCCAAGCAGGCGGACGCGGAGCAGCAGGGCGGGGGGGACGGCGGGGGAGAAGCGGCGCAGCCCCUGGGGGAGUCGGAAGAGCAGGCGCAGACGCAGGCGGUGCAGUUUGUCGGGUUGCGGAGCGUGCGGAGAAGCAAGGAGCAGCAGAAGGGGCGGGAGCGGGAGAAGCGGGAGCGGUACGCGGGCGCGGGGGCGAAGGCUGGCGGGGAGGCGCGCGUGGGGGGCGGGAAGCAGCGGCGGAAGAAGGCGGUGAAGUCGAGCGUGGUGUACCUGGGGCGCCUGCCGCACGGCUUCUACGAGGACGAGCUCCACGGGUUCCUGAGCCAGUUCGGCGAGAUCGAGCAGCUGCGCGUGGUGCGCAACCCCAAGACGGGGAGGUCGCGGCACUACGGCUACGUCAAGUUCGCCGCGCCUGAGGUGGCAGCGAUAGUGGCGGAGUGCAUGGACAACUACCUGCUCUUCGGCCACCUGCUCAAGACGCACCUCGUCCCCGCCACCCGCGCCGACCGCGACCAGCUGUUCUACACUCCCCACAAGAACCCUUCAGAAGUCUCUCAGCCCAAGCCGGUGGAGACAUGGGAGGACUACAGUGAGCAGGCGCGCAAGCAGUCGAAGAAGCUCAAUGCCACCAUGAAGCGACUCAAGGCGGCUGGCAUCCAAUACGACUUCCAACCCAAGCCCAAGGCAGCGAGGCCCGAGGGGGGGAUGCACCAGCGCUUCAACGAGGAGGGCGAGGCAGCCCCAACCCCAACCCUAACCCCAACCACAGCCACAGCCACAGCCACAGCCGCAGGCGCUGCAGCAGGCAAGGGCAAGGGGGCGAAGCAAACGGGCGGGGCGAAGGAGCAGAAGCAGAAGAGGAAGGGAAAGGUGGAGGGUAAAGUGGAUGGGCAAGGGGAGAAGAGUGCGGAAGAUGCCGAGGGGACGCAAGAGCAGGAGAGGAAAGGUGUGAAGGAGGUGCAGGUGCAGGCAGAGGGUGGGGAUGGAUUGGCAGAGAAGAAGGUGAGCAGUGGGGGCGUGAGCGAGGUGACAGUGGAGGGCGAGGAGAAGAGGGGGGGUGAGGAGGACGUGGUGGCACGCGCCCAGGCUGUGGCCCAACGGCUGAAGCAGGAGGCGGAGAAAUUCGCCCAAGUGUUGGGGAAAGAUGCCGUGGAUGCUGAGGAUGGUGGCGCACACGAGGGAGGGGCUGGUGAGGAUGAUGACGGUGCGGAGGCGGUUGACGAGCCAUGGAGUGAUGGGCAUGAGGAGGAGGAGGAGCUGUUGCAUGAAGAGCAGGAUGUGGAGGAGGAAGAGGAUGAGCAGAGCGAGGAUAGUGAAGGGGAGGAGGGUGAUGAGGACUAG